AUGAUCCUGACCGACGUGCAAAACAUCGGGGUUGCGGAGUGUCAUACCAUGGCAAGCUCGGAUGAGCCACUCUUCCUUCGAUCCGAGUUUGGCGAUGAUCAUCUCAAAGAGCUGGUCUCAUUCUACGUCAGACCCAACGACCCAGACGAAUCUCUGUUUGAGUCUGCAUAUACUGAUUUCGUGGAGUAUGUGUCGUCCCUUUUCUGA